AAACUAUGGCAACACUCACAGCUGUUCUGUUGAUUUUGUUAUUAUUAAAAUAAAAUGGAAAAACUUGAAGCGCUUAAAAUAUCCUCAAUGCGUCCGCGUAGCAAUAUAUUGGAUCGCCCGCUCUCCAAGGGCAAGUCUGAAGUUUCGCAAAGCAUUGUGGCGCUGCUCUUUAGCGAAAUUGUGCAGUAUUCUCAAAGCCGAGUUUUUACAGUACCCGAGCUGCAAACAAGAUUGCAUGAACUGGGUCAGGAUGUGGGCACACGUAUCAUUGAUUUAUAUUUUGUGCGAGAACGAAGUUCCAAACGCGAAACAAAGUUGACCCAAAUGCUGCUUUUUGUAAAAACAACAGUAUGGAAGAACCUAUUUGGCAAAGAGGCGGAGAAACUAGAGCAUGCCAACGAUGAUGAGCGUACAUACUAUAUUAUCGAAAAAGAGCCAUUGGUUAAUACAUUUAUUAGCGUGCCAAAGGACAAAAGUUCAUUGAAUUGCGCCAACUUUACUGCUGGCAUUGUGGAGGCGGUGCUCACCCAUUGUGGAUUUCCCUGCAAAGUAACGGCGCAUUGGCAUAAGGGCACCACUUACAUGGUCAAGUUUGAGGACUUUGUAAUAGCCCGUGAUAAGCAAAUGGAGGAGAAGUAGACAUAAACAUAGCUUAAGUUAUAAAUAAACAAUAAACCGUACAUUUUAGAGUUUUAAUUUU